AUGGCCUCCAUCCCAUCGAGCGGCUCGCUCAUGGCAACGCACAACUACCGCAGAAGGCGUCUGAGCUCCACAUCCAGCAACAGCUCCUGCGGCAGCUCGGAGUACUCUGGGGAGGUCAUCCCCCACCCCCCGGGGAAGUGCUGCCCCGGUCUGCCCAAAUCUGACCCCGGCCACUGGUGGGCCAGUUUCUUCUUCGGGAAGACAACUCACCCAGCAAUGACAACCGUGUCGGAGUCGCCAGAGAGCUCGGGAGCGCUGCGGGUGACAAUGGGACCAAUGGCGUGUGGCCUGGUGCCAGCCCCAGGGACGGCACGGAGGCGCCACACCAGCGAGCCCAGCUCCGGGCCCUCUGCAUGA